UAUAUAAAGGUACAGUAAAAUCAGAACAACAGUUCAUUCGGUAUACUAGAAUGCACUAAAGAAACAGCACACAGGGAAACUGUAAACUUCUCUUACUAACAUCAUACAAGACAAAGGACUUGAAAGAUUUUCUUAGAAGAUUUAGAAAAAUCUUUAGAUUCAAAAUGUAUCUUGCAAUUGCCAUACAACUCAGCAUUUUCUGCAUCAUCCAAGCAGCUAAUCUAGAUGAGGACAAAGCCUGUGGUGACUGUUGUGCUGCAGGGACUCAUGGAAUUCCUGGCACACACGGUGCCCCUGGUGCUCCAGGCCCAAUAGGCCUAAAAGGAGAUAUCGGAGUGAAAGGAGAAAAAGGAAACCAAGGUAUAGAUGGGAAAGAUGGGCUUGAAGGUAAAAUAGGAUCAAUUGGUCCAACAGGUGCUACAGGUGAGAAAGGCGAAAGAGGAGAGAAAGGCGAACAAGGUACCCUAAACAACCAGCCUAAAUCUGCGUUCUCGGUUGCAUUUAUGAACAAUCCUGGCCGUCAUCCAAUUAGUCCAAUGAAAUACACAACAAUAUUCACAAAUGUGGGUAGUCACUACAAUGCAGAAACAGGCAAGUUUGUCUGUCAACAUCCAGGCACCUACGUCUUCCAAUUUACAUCAGGGUCAUCUGACAACAGAAGCAUUGUAACACAAAUCAUGAAGAAUGGGCAACGUGUUGUCUCAGCAUUUGAGAGUGGUCCCGGCUACAAAUCAAUUGGAAACAUGAUUGUUCUUGAUUUAGUAGCAAAUGAUGAAGUGUGGACUCAGCCUCUAAGUACCAACUAUAACUAUUACUAUAGUAACGGUAAUACCUACUGUACUUUUUCAGGCUUCCUGCUUUAUGCAACAGCAUAAAGGAUUUUAAACAAACUAUUAUAUACAAAUUGCAAACCAGCAACUUGCAACAGAGGCUUUUAUGAAAAAAAAUACACAAAUAUGAAAAUUGUUAAUAUUCGAUUACAUUCAUCUUUUUACUUAUAAUGAAGUUAACAUCAAAUUGUGCUUGGCUGUAAAAAUGGCGGAUUCAAGGGGUAGAUGAGCAGGCAUGGGCCCAAUCCCCCACCCCAAAUUUUAUUUUCAUUAAAUAAAAUGGGGCAAAAAAGGAGAACUGUAAUCAAAAUCAGGUCAGAGAGUGCCAUUUCCGGCCAUCUAGAGGUGCCAUGAUCAUAAAUUUUACCUUAGACUUAACCAUGGUGGGGCCGAGGUGGUCUAGACUCUCUGGGCUCUCUCUACUCCGAAUUUCUGGAUCCACCACUGUUUAAUUUUACUACACUGCAAUAUUAUGACACACAGCAUUCAUUAUAAUUAUAUUGAAACCAAAGAUUGAUUUAAUAUUUUGCCAAAAGAAGGCACUUCAAGAACUAAUUCUUCUUUGUUUUAAAUCAUCACAAAUUGAGAUUGGUGAAAAGAUUUGCUCGACAAUGGGGAAAGAGCGAUGUCACUGGCGGGGUUUGGGUGGCGAUGUUACCCAAUGUGAGAGCAACUGAAUGGGGGCUAUGGUCCGGGUUUAUUAAUUUACUUAAAGGGCUAAAUCAUUUUUUAAGUUGAUAUAACAGGCCAAAGAUAAUAUCCAAGUUAGCAAGUUGUUAUAAUUCAUGGACCUGAAACUCUUGGGUAUAAUGUGGUCAAAUCCCUCUGCUGGUGCAAAGUUCUUGGAAGGUUUUCUAUUUUUAACCUUAAUCUUACGACACUACAACAUUACAUGAUACAGCACUUAUUAUAAUUAUACUGAAACAGUGGCGGCUCUAGGAUGUAUUUUCUGUGAU